CGUUGGCGGCGGCGGCGCACACGGGCGCGGAGCCGGCUCCGGGCGGCGGGAGCCGGUUCGCGCCGGGGGGAGGAUGACCCGCCGCCGCCUCCUCCUGCUCCUCCUGCUGCUCCUGCUGCUCAGGGUCGCGCCCGCGCGCGGCUGAGCCCCCCACACACCGGCGGUAUGGCAUCACAGCUGCAGGUGUUUUCCCCCCCAUCAGUGUCGUCGAGUGCCUUCUGCAGUGCAAAGAAAUUGAAAAUAGAACCGUCUGGCUGGGAUGUGUCAGGACAGAGCAGCAACGACAAAUAUUUUACCCACAGCAAAACCCUCCCAGCCGCACAAGGCCAAGCCAACUCCUCUCACCAGGUAGCAAAUUUCAACCUUCCUGGUUACGACCAGAGUCUCCUCCUCCCGGCGCCCGCCGUGGAGCACAUCGUGGUCACAGCUGCCGAUAGCUCGGCCAGUGCUGCUCCCUCCACCUUUCAAAGCAGCCAGACCCUGACCCACAGAAGCAACGUUUCUUUACUUGAGCCAUAUCAAAAAUGCGGACUGAAAAGAAAAAGUGAGGAAGUCGACAGCAACGGUAGUGUGCAGAUCAUAGAAGAACAUCCCCCUCUCAUGCUUCAAAACAGGACUGUGGUGGGUGCUGCUGCCACGACCACCACGGUGACCACCAAGAGUAGUAGUUCCAGCGGAGAAGGGGAUUACCAGCUGGUCCAGCAUGAAAUCCUUUGCUCUAUGACCAACAGCUAUGAAGUCUUGGAGUUUCUAGGCCGGGGUACCUUUGGGCAAGUGGCCAAGUGCUGGAAGCGGAGCACCAAGGAAAUUGUGGCUAUUAAGAUCUUGAAAAACCAUCCCUCUUAUGCCAGGCAAGGACAGAUCGAAGUGAGCAUCCUCUCCCGCCUAAGCAGCGAAAAUGCCGAUGAGUAUAAUUUCGUUCGUUCUUACGAGUGCUUUCAGCAUAAGAAUCACACCUGCCUUGUGUUUGAGAUGCUGGAGCAGAACUUAUAUGACUUUCUAAAGCAGAACAAGUUUAGUCCACUGCCACUCAAAUACAUCAGACCCAUCUUGCAGCAGGUGGCCACGGCCCUGAUGAAGCUCAAAAGUCUUGGUCUAAUUCAUGCUGACCUCAAACCUGAAAACAUAAUGCUUGUUGAUCCAGUGCGUCAGCCCUACCGAGUGAAGGUCAUUGACUUUGGUUCUGCUAGUCACGUUUCCAAAGCUGUGUGUUCAACCUACUUGCAGUCACGUUACUACAGAGCCCCUGAAAUUGUUCUUGGAUUGCCAUUUUGCGAAGCUAUUGAUAUGUGGUCGUUGGGCUGUGUGAUAGCUGAGCUGUUCUUGGGAUGGCCACUGUAUCCUGGUGCUUCCGAAUAUGAUCAGAUUCGUUACAUUUCACAAACCCAAGGCUUGCCAGCGGAGUAUCUUCUUAGUGCUGGGACGAAAACGACGAGAUUUUUCAACAGAGAUCCUAAUUUGGGAUAUCCACUCUGGAGGCUUAAGACACCUGAAGAACAUGAAAUGGAGACUGGAAUCAAAUCAAAAGAAGCUCGAAAGUACAUUUUUAAUUGCUUAGAUGACAUGGCUCAAGUGAAUAUGUCUACAGACUUAGAGGGAACAGACAUGUUGGCAGAGAAGGCAGAUCGAAGAGAAUAUAUUGAUCUGUUAAAAAAAAUGCUAACAAUUGAUGCAGAUAAGAGAAUCACUCCUCUGAAAACUCUGAAUCAUCAGUUUGUGACAAUGGCUCACCUUUUGGAUUUUCCACACAGCAAUCAUGUUAAGUCUUGUUUUCAGAACAUGGAGAUCUGCAAGCGGAGGGUUCACAUGUACGAUACAGUGAGUCAGAUCAAGAGCCCAUUCACUACUCACGUUGCCCCCAAUACAAGCACAAAUCUAACCAUGAGCUUCAGCAACCAACUCAAUACAGUGCACAAUCAGGCCAGUGUUCUAGCUUCCAGUUCUACGGCAGCAGCGGCUACUCUCUCUUUGGCCAAUUCAGAUGUCUCACUGCUCAACUACCAAUCAGCUUUAUAUCCGUCAUCUGCAGCACCAGUUCCUGGAGUUGCCCAGCAGGGUGUUUCCUUGCAGCCGGGAACAACCCAGAUUUGCACUCAAACAGAUCCGUUCCAACAAACAUUUAUAGUGUGUCCACCCACUUUCCAAACUGGACUACAAGCAACCACAAAGCAUUCUGGAUUCCCUGUGAGGAUGGAUAACGCUGUGCCAAUUGUACCACAGGCACCAGCUGCUCAGCCACUGCAGAUACAGUCAGGAGUACUGGCACAGGGAAGCUGUACACCACUAAUGGUAGCAACUCUCCACCCUCAAGUAGCCACCAUCACACCGCAGUAUGCGGUGCCCUUUACUCUGAGCUGCGCAGCCGGCCGGCCGGCACUGGUUGAACAGACUGCCGCUGUACUGCAGGCUUGGCCUGGCGGAACCCAACAAAUUCUCCUGCCUUCAACUUGGCAACAGUUGCCUGGAGUAGCUCUUCACAACUCUGUCCAACCCACAGCAGUGAUUCCAGAGGCCAUGGGCAGUGGCCAGCAGCUCACAGACUGGAGGAAUGCUCACUCUCACGGUAACCAGUACAGCACUAUCAUGCAGCAGCCCUCCUUGCUGACUAACCAUGUGACAUUAGCCACUGCCCAACCCCUGAAUGUUGGUGUUGCCCACGUUGUCAGACAACAGCAAUCUAGUUCUCUCCCUUCCAAGAAGAACAAGCAGUCUGCUUCCAUCUCUUCCAAGUCCUCUCUGGAUGUUCUGCCUUCUCAAGUCUACUCUCUGGUUGGGAGCAGUCCCCUCCGCAACACAUCUUCUUAUAAUUCCUUAGUCCCUGUCCAAGAUCAACAUCAGCCAAUCAUCAUUCCAGAUACUCCCAGCCCUCCUGUAAGUGUCAUCACUAUUCGUAGUGACACUGAUGAGGAAGAGGACAACAAAUAUAAGCCCAAUAGCUCUGGCCUGAAGCCAAGAUCUAACGUCAUCAGUUACGUCACUGUCAAUGAUUCUCCAGACUCGGAGGCUUCCCUGAGCAGCCCUUACUCCACGGAUAACCUGAAUGCACUCCGGGGCAGCAAUGGUCCCGUGGCGGAGGGACCCAACAGAAUUGGGGAUAGCACUAGCACCCGCACCAUCAUUGUGCCUCCACUGAAAACACAGCUUGGUGACUGCACUGUAGCAACCCAGGCCUCCGGCCUCCUGAGCAGUAAGACCAAGCCAGUGGCAUCAGUGAGUGGACAGUCUUCUGGAUGCUGCAUCACCCCCUCAGGGUAUCGAAGUCAGCGUGGGGGGACCAAUACAGCACAGCCACUUAAUCUUAGCCAGAACCAGCAGUCAUCAUCGGCAGCUCCCACCUCCCAGGAGAGAAGCAGCAACCCUGCGCCCCGCAGGCAGCAGGCCUUUGUGGCCCCGCUCUCCCAGGCCCCCUACGCCUUCCAGCACAGCAGCCCACUGCACUCAACAGGCCACCCACACCUGGCCCCUGCCCCUGCUCACCUGUCAAGCCAGCCUCACCUGUACACGUAUGCUGCUCCCACCUCCGCUGCUGCAUUGGGCUCCACCAGCUCCAUUGCUCAUCUCUUUUCCCCCCAGGGUUCCUCGAGACACGCUGCAACCUAUACCACCCACCCCAGCACUCUGGUGCACCAGGUCCCUGUCAGUGUUGGGCCUAGCCUCCUCACUUCUGCCAGUGUGGCCCCUGCUCAGUACCAACACCAGUUUGCCACCCAGUCCUACAUCGGGUCUUCCCGAGGCUCAACAAUUUACACUGGAUAUCCACUGAGUCCUACCAAGAUCAGCCAGUAUUCCUACUUGUAGCUGGCAAGAGUGAGGAAGGAAAGAAAGAAGGAAUGGUCGGAAG